AGUAUCAUUAUGAAACUGAUUCAGAAUCCUCAUUUGAUCACUUCUCACCCCACCACACAGAUAUUUUCUCAUCUGCUCCGCCAAAAAAUACCUCAUACUAUUCAGAAUCCAUCCAACCUUCUCUUACACAAACUGAUUUCUAAAAUCCAUCAUUCACUUCCAAUCUCUAAGACCAAUUUGGCACAAUAGGUUAAGAGAUCCGGUAUCCACAAAGUAACAACCUGAAUUGAAUGAAGCAGAGGUGAACCGAAGCUAAGCUUAAGAUCAUCAGGCUGAUAAUUCUCUCUCAAGAUGGUUUCCCUCAACUCCGUUCUUACUUCUAUUCAUUCUGUUUUGGAUUAUCUUGAGAAAAAACCAUCGUCCAAUUUAUGGCUGAUACGUCCGCUCAGACCUCUGAAAACGUUUAUCAUUUGUGCAAGAAGGUUGGACAAUCGCUAUACGGACGGGAAUCCUGGCUCUCUUUUCGUUAGGAUUGAAGAUUUUCUUUGCAGAUUCCAGAAUGAUAUCCAAUCUUGUAGUCUGAAAAACACUAAGGAAUACGUAGUGGAGAUCAGAUCUUUUGAAGCAGAAAUCGAAAAAUGGUACGUUACUUUGUCAGACUGCUUGUGGCAAUCAGGUUCUCCAGUGGCCAACGAAGUUAUGGAUAUUAUAGAUUCUGUUCUGGCGCAUCUAGCUGUUGUCUAUGGCUUCCCUAGAUGUUUUUCUGGUUUUCUUGAAGAACCAGUCGAAGCCUUGAAGGGUUCUGUCAGGUUCUUGAGAAACUUCAUUCGUUUGGCCACUAUUCCAGGUACUGAUGAGCUGCAAGAACUCCCAGCUUUUCUGACUCACAUUGAAGCUCAGGCUAUAGAUGCUGCCCAUGUAACGAUGCGUCUGUUUUCCGAUAUCUCUGAUGAUUCUUAUCAUGAAAGAACUAAACUUAUGAUUUCUGCUUUGUUGCACAAAAUAACACAUGUCGAUUCUCAUGUGUAUGUGACCUACACUCGGGUGCUGGCAAGUAAAAGGCAUUCAAUCAGAGAGUUGCAUUUUCCCACCCUCAACACCCCUGGUGAUCCCAUAAUUAUCAUUGAGGAGUUCGUUGUCUACUUUCUAUCCAAUCUUUGGGAUAUACUACAACUGGAUACCUGUCCUUCGGAUUCUGCGAAGGAGCAUUUGCAAGCACUGUAUGAAGGACUAAGGUUCUUGAGAUCUACUCUGAAGGAGAAUCCAAACAAAUUUCUUGAAACGACAAUCAGGGAUCUUGUCGGGGUUGUGAUAUGUGAUACUGGAAUCUUGAUCUUUUCGCUUUAUCAAAAUGAUGUUGAAACUGAUCUUUUGGUUCUGGAUCUGCUGAAAAACAUUCAGGUGAUCCUUGCAGAGGUUGAAGAGCAAGUAUUGCAAACAUCAGAAUUCAGCUUUCCAAGGACUAAUGUCCUAGGCUUUUUGGAUUCUCUUUUGGACGAUUUGCUGGAAGUGAAAAGUCGCAAGGUUGAUUCGGAUACCGAAAGUCCCAUAGGUAGGAUGGAGCAACAUCUUCUCUUCUUGAGAUCAGUUUUGGAAAAACUGGUGGGGUUACAGAAUCAACAUGAGGAGCUCCAAGCUCUUUAUAAUCUUGCUCUAGGAGUGGCAUAUAAGAUGGAGUUUCUCAUUGACCAAUUGGUGCUUGGAAAUGUUAAAGAUUCUUUCACAGCAUCAUUUGAAUCUGUCUCAGAAGACAUCAAGAUUAUUGAGACUGAUGCCGCGAAUAUUUCCAGUUUCAGCAACCAAUCGAUUCAACACCAGAGAAUCACCUUGCCAUUAGAAAAUAGUACCGCAACGACAGAUGAAGUUGUUGGUUUUGAAACUGAGAUUACAACAAUUAUCGAUCGACUUACUAGAGGAUCAAAGAAGUUGCAAGUUGUUGCCAUAGUUGGUAUGCCUGGCUCGGGAAAGACAACUUUGGCAAGCAAAGUUUUCAAUAAUGUUUCAGUUACGUACCAUUUUAAUGUCCGUGCAUGGUGUUCUGUUUCACAAAUACUCAAUGUGAAGAAAGUCUUACUUGAUCUUCUGACUCAGACUCUGGGAAAUCUUUCCGAUGGAUAUCUCCAGAAGGCUGAACCUGAUUUGGCCCAAGAGCUUUGGCGUUCUCUGAAACGACGUAGAUAUCUCAUAUUUUUGGAUGAUGUAUGGGAAACUCAAGCAUUUGAUUGUAUUAAAGAGUCAUUUCCCGAUGAUUUGACUGAAAGUAGAAUUCUCCUGACAAGCCGACAACGUGAUGUUGUUCCUAUAACUCUACGCGAUGAGAAUCCUCUUUCUCUUCGUCUACUCUCAGGCAAUGAGAGUUUGGAGUUACUAAGGAGAAAGUUGCUUCCUUGGAAAGAUUGUACUGCAUCAUUAUAUGAAAUAGUGUCGGAAAUUGCAAAAUGCUGUAAAGGGCUGCCUCUCACAAUCGUUAUUGUGGCUGGAAUUCUAUCAACUACAAAGCAAGAGGCUUGGAAUGAAGUUCUUGAAAGUUUAAGGUCUGGUAUCAUCUCUGGUUCAGAGCAAUGCAACAAUGUGAUAGAGCUGAGCUACAGGUAUUUACCAUAUCAUUUGAAGUCGUGUCUCCUGUUUUUGGGGAUAUUUCCCGAAGACCAUGAAGUUUCCGUCAAGAGGUUGAUUUGGUAUUGGAUUGGUGAAGGGUUUAUCCAGAAAACUAAGUCGAAGAGCUUAGAAGAGGUUGCAACAGAUUACUUAAACAAUUUGAUUGGCAGAAGUUUAGUCAUGGAGGCCAAGAAAAGCUCCAGAGGAGAUGUGAAAGCCUGCCGCAUCCAUGAUUUGCUUCAUGACUUUUGUCGAAGGAAAGCUAAAGAGGAAGUAUUUUUCCAAUUGUUAAAAGGCGAAAAUGAGCUUUUGUCUUUGCAUAGACCCGGUAACCUGCAAAGAUUGUGCAUAAACUCUAGUCAGGAACAAUUUAAGGAGUCGAAACUGUUUUGUCCUCGUUUGCGCUCACUGGUUUUCUAUGAUCAUUUAAACCCGCGGUGUUAUGGAAUACUUGACAUGUCAUUCAUUUUUCGCAUCUUUAAGCUUCUUAAGGUGUUGGAUAUAGAAGAUGUCAAGAUCAGCUUUGGUUUUCCGAGUGAAAUAGGACUUCUGGUGCAGUUGAGAUUUUUGGCAAUCCAAGCUAGUGGCAGUGUCAGUGCAUCAAUAGGUAAUCUUUCCAACUUGGAAAUUUUCAUAGUUCAUGUUGUUGGGGCAGACUGUGUUUCACUGCCAGAAACAUUUUGGAAUCUACAAAAACUAAGACAUCUAUAUACUACAAAUGGAGAUGGCAUUGAGUUACCGGUUAAUAAUCUCGACAGCUCCUCUGAUCUGUUGGAGCUAGUCAGUCUAUCAACCAUAUCCAGUAAAGAUUGGAGCACCAUGAAAAAGGUAUUGCAGAAGUUUCCAAACAUCCGUCGGCUAAGGUGCGCGCAUGAUGCAUAUGAAGGAGACCUCAACACUGGUUGGAAUCGGAUGACAUAUUCAUUUAUGAGUCGACUGGAAUCACUUCGUGUGUCAAUUUGGUGCGAUUCCGCCAAUUAUGUCGAUUUUGUUUUUCCAGAGAAUCUCAAAAAGUUGACUUUGGAGUUGUUGCCCUGGGAGAAAAUAGCAACCGUUGCACAACUACCUCAUCUUCAGGUACUCAAAUUGAUCGAUGAUUCAUUCAUUGAGGAAACAUGGAAUGUGGAAGAAGGGCAAUUCCCGAAACUGAGGUUUCUUGAGUUGCAAUAUUUGGACAUUGUCAAGUGGAUAGUUUCGGAUGAUUACGAGUUCCCCUGCCUCCAGAAGUUAGUAUUGUCCGAAUUUGGAAGAGAUCCCUAUUGACUGUUUGCAAUAUAAUCCAACUCUUGAAAUCAUUGAUGUCCGUAGUUGUUCUGAUUAUGUUACGAAUGCAGUUGAACAAAUUCGAGAAACGCAGAUACAAGAAAUGGGAAAAUCGGAUUUCGAGGUUCUUUUGCAUUAAACCUAGAACUAGAAGAUGGAACCAUAGCCUCUCUUAGAGUAAAAGAUAUCUUUGUGUAAGUUGAAUUACCAAUUCCAGAUCGAUCUAAUUGCAAUGAACUGAAUUCCUCAUCUUAAUCCAAACACCUACCUGGAUGAUUGGAUCAAUGAAUCUUCGGCUAACGGCGGCACAAAAUGAGAAGAAAUAACCUCAUGAUUGUAUACAAGACGGUUAAUGCAGAGAGCUAAGUAUAUACUCAAUAUUAUUCCUAAUGUAGGAAACGAUGUUUACCACUAAUCAUCAUUUUACAAUACAUAA